AUGGUGGACAAAAUGCCAAUAAUUCGUGUGCGUCGCAAACGUUCCGCUAGUCCACAGGCAGCACUUAUCUUGGAAAAGAAGAGACGCAAGGAUGAUCCUUUGUUGUUUUCACUGUUUAAAUCCGUAAGAAAUGAUGAAACGGAUUGUGGGAUCAGUGGUGCACGCGUGAUCGAAUUCGAACUUGGAUCUUUAGGUGACGUCAGAAGAAAGUUUGUUUCCGUGGUGGUUAGCCAUUUCAUCAUGGGGCUUAGAGUGCUUUUUGAAAUUGGGUCAGAUCAUGGGGGCUCUACAGGCUUGCAGUUCAUUGCUGAGCAUGAUGAUGGCACAGCUAGACAGAAUAAUGAUUCAAUGGAAAAAUGGAGUAGUAAUGAUACUGAAGAAAGUGUUGAAUAUGACUACUACAAGAUAUACCGCGGAUCAUUCACAGAACCAAUAAAUCAUUGGAAUUCUGAGCUUGAACUACGCUUUGCUACUGAAGAAGAACAGUCACUCCUUCUUGGCAAUUCGGACUCCGAAAGUGAUCGUGUGGCCGACGAUGAUGACGAUUCUAAUGAUGAAAAUAACUGGAGAAACGAUUAUCCUGAAGAAGAGGACGGUGACGACACUGAUAACGAUAGCGUCGACCAUAACAUGGACGGUAGCUAUAGUCGUGGACACCUCUUCAAUGACUACAAUUCGCUCGGAAUAGAUCAAUUACGGCGUCGUUUGGAAAUGUUUGAAGUGGUGGAAUACGAAGCAGAUGAGGAUAUUUCGGAUGAUGAUCCUGUAUUAGCCAUGCGUAGAUGCGUUUCAUUUGAAUACCAUUUAGCUGAUGUAAGACGUGUGGGUUUUGCGGUAAUGGGCAAUACUCCGUGGAAUCUCGAGUUUCUUCCAGCAGUGCUUUUUCACGAUCGCGAAGGAAGGAAUAGUAGGAAUAAGGUUAUUACGAAAGCGAUUGCUAAGUAUAGAAUAUUCACAGGAUUGCCUGAAAUCUGUUUUAGAGGUGAAUCGAAAAAGGGAAAUAAUUAUCUGGAUGAAUCUAUCCUCCUAUGA